AUGGCUCCUUACACCAAGCCUUUAGAACCGUCAAUCGCGGCGCAGGUUGCGGUACUCUGCAGUUUUCCCAAAGUUGGCUUCCAGGUGCGGGACGUGCGGUGCGGGUGGGAGGAUGCGCAAUUCGCGGACCGCUUCACGGUGCACGUGCCGUGCGGCUGGGACAAGCUAGAAUGGUACGUGCAGUUCAACGGCAGUCGCCCGUGGGACCCACCUGACGUCAUCUUCCACUCCUCGCCCGAUGGCCUCUGCUUCCAACCCCUGCUGUUCCCAGGAGGCGCAGGCAGUGAGGGCAGCAGCUGGGGGCUGUUGAAGGACUGGCAACACAACGACUCAUACCGCCUGCUGCGCCUCCUGCUGCACCUCAGGGCGCUGUUCCUGCAGCAGCAGCGGCAGCAGGCGGAGGCUGUGGAGGAUGGGCGGGUCAAAUUCGAACUUAGUACGCUGGCGCAGCAGGUGAGGGGUCAGCACACUGGCGCAGCAGAUGGGUGCUGGGGGGUGCUCGUGCAACCUUCACCUCAAGCUGCUGGUGGGUGUGGUGGGGGGGGAGGGGGUGUUGCUGGGAAGUGGAUUGGUGGGGUGUUGAGGGGCGCUGGGGGUUGCUGGUGGGUGGCGGUGGGGUGCUGGUGCCAGGGCGAAUCUAACCUCAGAAUCAAGUUUCCCAUCUCGGGAAGCAACAACAGCGCCAAUGGCAAGGCCUCCACACCUCAGUUGAAGCUAGGAGGCCCGCCGCUCCUUCUCUCCCUCCUUGGCUUCCCCGAAACCAAGCUGCCUGCCUGGACCGACUCCAUGUGCACAGUUGCGUAUCUGCCUGAGCUGGCUGCAUUCAUCCAUCAACGACUUGAUAGUGCUGUCUCUUCCAUGCAAAGCCGUGCGGACUUUAUUUCUGCUCUGCCUGCGCAACUAUUCUCUCAGACCACGCUUUUUGUGUCUGCCAACAGCUGCAUAUGCCUGGUGCGCAUUGCCCUGCCACCAUCCUUCCCACAGCAGCAGCCCUCCAUCACCCUGCAAUCCAUUCAUAACCGCCCCGUGGCGUCGGAGCCAAUCAGCAACUUCCCUUGGAGCCCCCGAUGGUCCCCUGCUCAAAUGGCACAGCGCCUCUGCUCGUUUCUAGAAGAUGAAUCUGUUGCUUUCAAGCGCUUCUGUAUUGACGUCUCCAGAGCAGCUGCUUCGGCAAGAACUUGA